UGGAGCGUGAGACCCAGAAACAAAGUUCUCCCGUCGUUUUAACCAGAGCUGGACUUUGAUCGGUUCUGAAAGUAUAGAUAUUGUUCACGGGGUUAAGAAGCAGAAGUCAUGGCUGGAAAUAAUGACUCAAGUGCAUCUGGGAAGAAAUCUAGCGAGGCCUCAAAUGAUGUGCCGACCCAUAAUGCUGAAAGUUUGCAGAGUAACGUGAAAAUUAUCUACUACAGCCGAACAUUUAUGUCUAUCAUUGGCGGGGUCAUUGCCGGAAUUUUGGGGUUCACCGGCCUUUCUGGAUUUAUUCUGUAUUUUCUUAUUAUGGCCAUCACUUCGGUUGGACUCAUUGCCAAGGCAGGGUUUCAAGUUCAUUCGUAUUUUGAAAGUUGGAACCAGAUUAUACUCGAUGGCUUCCUGGGUGGGCUUCUGUCAUUUGUGCUGUUCUGGACGUUUUCUUAUGACAUUGUGCAUAUAUUCUGAGGAGUAUCUGUGGCUUCUCAAACUGAAGAACUCCUAUUUUGUAGGUGAUUAUUUUCUGUACGGUUAGUGGAGUAAAUCUGCUACUGGUUCCUGCAAGUCUUUUUUCUUUCUUUUUUUGUGUUAAGCUGUCAUUGUUUAGAUGUUGUCCGUUCAUGCUGUUGCCCAUGAAUAUUAAUUGGCUGAAAGCCUAAAAGUGUAACCUUGACAAUAACUAGUGAACUUUCUUGUUUAGGUACAUGUUUAUGAAAAUCUGUUAUUCGAGUACAA